AUGAAGUUGAUCGCUUCUAUGCUGCUUCUCGCGGCGGCAGCCCACGCCCACUACAAGUUCCCGAGGCUCAUCGUCAACGGGCAGCCCGAAGCCGCCGACUGGCUGUCGGUCCGGCGCACCAAGGUCCAAAACUCCCGCGAUAACGGCGCCGUCUCCGACGUCAACAGCGCCGAUUUCCGCUGCUUCGGCGGCAGCCCCGGCACGGCGACCACGACGUUGGCGGCCGGGGAUACCUUGGGCUUCGUCGCAUCCUCGGGCAUCAUGCACUUUGGCCCCUGCCAGUUCUAUAUGGCGAGGGUCCCCGACGGCGCGGACAUCAAUACGUGGGAGGCCGACGGCGCGGUCUGGUUCAAGGCGGGGAGUAUCAGCGCGGUGGAGGGCAACGGCCCGCUGGGCGGAGAUGAAAAGACGUGGCCCGCGUAUCACAAGAACGACGUCAGCUUCGUCGUCCCGAAGAACGUCCCGAGCGGAAAAUACCUCGUACGCGUGGAGAGCAUCGCGCUGCAUCUCGCGCAGAAUCCCGGCGGCGCGCAGUUUUACAUUAGCUGCGGCCAAGUCGAAAUUACGGGAGGCGGAGACGGGACCCCGGGCCGUUGCGCCCAAUCGGUGUCGCUGGACCGGCCCCUACUGUUGCUCUUGGAUCAGGCUGGCGCCUUUACCUGCAGGAUGGGUGUGAGUUGGCACGCUAAUGGCCAAUCCUAG